ACAACACAGACAUGCUGCUGGCAGCGCUGCUGCUCCACCUGCUCCUGGCACCCCUGAGCCUCUCCCACGAGCUGCCCUGGACCUACCAAGGAGAAGGAGAGCUGGAUGAAGAGCACUGGGGACAGCACUUCCCCGACUGUGCUGGCAAGCAGCAAUCCCCCAUCGACAUCCAGAGGAGGAAAGUGAGGUACAACCCCCUGCUGCAGCUGCAGCUCGGUGGCUACGAGGGGCCCUUGCAGGGCCACUUCAGGAUGACCAACAAUGGCCACUCAGUUCAGAUCGAUUUGCCACCCACCCUGAACAUCUCCAGAGGGCUCCCAGGUGUGUACACAGCUGUCCAGAUGCACCUGCACUGGGGUGGGCUGGACCUGGAGACCAGUGGCUCGGAGCACACCAUCGACGGGAUGCGCUACUUCGCCGAGCUGCACAUUGUCCACUACAACUCUGCAAACUACUCCAGCUUUGAGGAAGCCAAAGACAAGCCCCAGGGGCUGGCUGUGCUGGCCUUCCUGUACACGGAUGGGCACUUUGAGAACACCUACUACAGCGAAUUCAUUUCCAAGCUGGCAAGGAUCAGGUUUGCAGGUCAAUCAACAACGCUGAGCUCUCUGGACAUCCAGGCCAUGCUGCCAGAAAACCUCUCCCACUUCUACAGGUACCAGGGCUCCCUGACCACCCCCCCGUGCUCCGAGAGCGUCAUCUGGACCAUCUUCCACUCCCCCAUUGUCCUGUCACACACACAGAUCCAGCUCCUGGAGAAUUCCCUGCUGGACAGACACAACCGCACGCUGCGCAAUGACUACCGGCACGUGCAGCCGCUGCAGGGCCGUGUGGUGGAGGCCUCCUUCCGAGCCCAGGCACAGUGUCAUCCAGAGGAAUUCACCCUCAGGCUGGAUCAAAUCCAGAUGCAGCUCCAGGACAUGAGGGCAGAGCUGCUGAAUGGACUGAGCCACACAGGUACGAAAUCCAGCACCUUUCCAGCUUUCUACUUCCCCGUGGAAAACAUUGAGAGCUUUGUGGAGGUUCAUCCCCUCCGUGCUGUGUCUCUGCAAGCCUUCACCCUGUGUUUCUGGAGCAGAGCCCAGCCCCUGGGCUGCCAGACCAUCCUGUCCUACUGCACUGGGGACAGUGACCACGAGCUGGUGGUGACGGUGGGCACGGAGCUGGGGCUGUGGCUGGGAGGGCAGUUCCUCAGUUUCCCCCUGCAGCAGGAGGCGCAGGGCUGGCUGCACCACUGCGUGGCCUGGGCCUCCCGGGAGGGAACGGCCACCCUGUGGCUCAACGGAGCAGCUGGCAAAGCACAGAGGCUCCAGAAGGGCUACGUGAGCCGGGCUGGGGGGACACUGCUCCUUGGCAAGGACAGGGACACUCUGCUUGGGACGUUCUCCAAUGGCUUUGUGGGGUGGAUGGCCCAGGUGAACCUGUGGAGCCGAGUCCUCAACGCCACCGAGGUUCGGGCGCUGGCGCUGUGCAAAGAGGGGCAGCCCAAGGGGGACGUCAUUGCCUGGGGACAAACCCCCAUGGCCCUGCUGGGAGGGGUGAUCCUGCAGCCUGACACCAGCUGCCAGUGAGCACAGCCUCUGCUCCUCUCAAGGCAUCCAGAGAAUCCAAGCUGCCUGCUGGGAAGACUGAGAUGGAGUGCUUGUUUCUCCUCCUGCUCUCUAUGGGCUCACUGUGCAUCUCCUGGUGUUCCCAGGGGUUUUCCAAGAGACCAAAACCUCCAUCAGUGAGAUGAAAGCAAUGAACUGCAGAACCUGGCACAGUCCAGCACCCUGGCUUGUUACAUCCCUCCCAGGGUGUUGAUUUAGAUCCCCAUAUACAGAUUUUUUUUUCAUGCCAAAGAGCUGCUCUCUGGUCAAAGGAGCUGCUUCCUCGAAUAAAAUUCCUCUCCCAUCCCUCACCCAGUCUCAGUUUCUCACCAUCUUCCCUGCUUGUCCCUCCUGUUUGUCACCAGCAGCUCACCACCCCUUCCCUUGCAGCUGGAUCCCGUGGGAGAGCAGAUGUGAAGUCCUGGAAGGGAGCUCUUAGGACAAGUCCUGUGCAAUCCCUGUGCCUUGGCACAACUCUGCCUUUCUGUGGUGCAUGUAGAGACAGAGCACAGAAACAUCUCCUUUUUCAACACUAAUACAUCACAAA